UGUUCUUGUCCGCUGUCACUGCUCUGCUCGUUGCAGCGGAAUCCAUAACCUGCCAGGCAUCCAGAGCGCUCGACCGUAACGACGACGAGGAUCCCGCCCAGCCAGAACAAGGCGGGCGUGUUUGGCUUUGGGCGCGACGGACCUGUCUUCGAUGCCUCAGCAGCUUUCCGAGUCUCGCAGCAGUAAGCUGCUUCCACCAUUGCUGUGCGCGGCCACGCGUCUCUGCUAAACACGGGCCGCAAUGUCCGCUGAAGCGUAUGUCACCGCUCCCUCGGGGACCGGCACGCGCGUUGGACGGGCUGUGGUUACUCUUGCGGGUGUUGCAGCGCUAAUCGCUACUCUCACCACCUGUGUCUCAAUAUGGCUUCAGGCGAAAAACUACCGAAAACCACUUCUCCAACGAUAUGUCAUACGGAUACUGUUGAUGGUGCCCAUAUACUCGGCUGCCUCGUGGGCGAGUUUGAUUUCAUUGAGAGCGGCGUUCUGGAUUGAUCCUUUCAGAGACGUCUACGAAGCAUUUACCAUCUACACGUUCUUUCAACUUCUAAUCAACUUCAUUGGCGGGGAACGCGCACUUAUUAUCCUCAUGUACGGUCGACGACCUGUCUCGCAUCUUUGGCCCCUCAACUACGUCCUCCCAAAAGUCGAUAUAUCCGAUCCCCACACGUUUCUGGCAAUCAAGCGCGGGAUCUUGCAAUAUACUUGGAUGAAACCUCUGCUGGCCGUGGCGACGAUCAUCAUGAAGGCAACGAACACGUACCAAGAGGGCUAUAUUGGACUGAGAUCGGGCUACUUCUGGAGUGGCUUGAUAUACAAUAUCAGCAUAACUAUCAGUCUUUAUGCUCUUGCCAUGUUUUGGGUCAUUAUGGCCGACGACAUGCGACCUUUUCGACCCAUGCCAAAAUUCCUCUGCGUCAAGGGGAUUAUCUUCGCAUCGUACUGGCAGGGCUUCUUCCUAUCUAUUUUAGUGUGGCUUGGUGCAAUCCCCGACGAUGUUCCCGGAUACACGCCGGACAAUCUUGCCGCAUCCAUACAGGACGCUUUGAUCUGCUUCGAAAUGCCCUUUUUCGCUUUCGCACAUUGGUAUGCUUUCUCGUGGCAUGACUAUGCGGAUGUCACAAUUUCCGCGGCUCGAAUGCCGGUCAAAUAUGCCUUGCGAGAUGCAUUUGGCCCGGUAGAUUUAAUUCAAGACACAAAGCUCACGUUCGGUGGAGGCGACUAUGACUAUCGAUCAUACGAUGCGAAAGAUCAUGUCUUGGCUCAUGAAGACUCCUCCACACGCACCGCACGGAUGAUGGCAGGCAUGCGCUACGAACGGGGCGGGAAGGGCAAAUAUUGGAUCCCAAGAGUUGAGCACCAUCAUCGUACACCGCUCCUAGGAUCAAGCAAGGCAAGGACAAUGAGUCCUGGGGUGGGACAUUCAACUAGGUCAUACGAUCGUGACUACGGCACCACGGACGGUGACGUUGACAUUGUGCUGGAUGCGGAGGAAGAAAAGCUUUAUGAAAGCGCCCGAGCGCUUGAGUUUGGCGACUGGAAUUAUCCGGUCAUCACGGCUCACACAGCAAAUCGCGAAAGUAUCCUGCACCGAGAUCCUACGAUCAUCACUGCAUCGACCAAUCGUCAUGUCCUCCAACCAACAAAGACAAACAAGACACGCAGGAAGAGCCGGAUCCAAAGCAUUCAGGAAGAAACACAAGGGCGAAGGCACAGGUCAAGCUCCAGCACGAGCACGAGUAAGGACUCGAAAGGCAAAGACAAGAAAGAAAAUUCGUCUAGGCCGCUACUGGGUAGGGCAUCGCAUUCGUCAAGUAGUUCGAGCAAGUCGGAUCGAAGUCAACUUGUCGAUCUUGUUGUUGAAGAUCACGAGGCAGAACAAAUUGAGCGAGUGCGCGCAAGAAAAGAAGGUAGCCCAGCUUGGAAUGAGGCUGAACCUAAGCAUUUUGUGCGAACGUAUCCAGACGACAGUCAGGAGGAAGAGGUUCAGGAGGGUUUCGAACCCGAUAAACACGCAUACAAGCAGCCGCACGGCGACGAGCACGUUCACAACUUGGACCGCCCUUUUUCAGUAAAUCAGAAUCCAGAUGCAACAGGUGGGGAAAGCUUUGAGGGCAGCAGAAGAAGCAAUGACGAGAAUCAGUGGACACAUCGGGCCUUUCAGCACGACUUUAGCGACGAGCGCAACGCUUGGAGUGGUGAGCGAUAGCACGUAGAAACGGGCCGCGUUUGCAUGUGGUGUGGGGUGCAUGAAUUGUUUGAUAUGAGUUGUCUCGAGUACGAAGACCCCUUCGCUGGUCGUUUCUUUCUGGCACUGUGCAUUUGCAAGGCUCUGCACCAGCUGGCGCAUCUCGUGCCCGGACUUUGUAUUUGUGCUUUCGAUCUUGACCUAACGCUCCGUUGCUCCCGUGAGCGUUUACUCUAUCUGCAUAGCAUGGGAGUUGGUUCUUCAGAUAUCCAUGGCUAUAAGUGUGCCUUUUGUGGGCGAUUUAAAACAGGGACAAUGGCAAACGAACAAACCCUAAGGACAAGCAUCCUAUCUUGCGUUUUUGGUCCAUUAUCUGCAGCUGAGUUUAUUUUCCCCCUCAAGAGCCUACGCAGGGCUGUGGAAUAGUCAUGGAACCUUACACGCCUCCGGAAGUAAUUUUGACGUCCGCAUCACACAAAUAAAUCGGAUGAUAACGAC